AUGGCUUCAGGACGUAAGAAAGUACUUUUAAAGGUUAUUAUUCUCGGUGAUAGCGGUGUCGGCAAAACGUCCUUGAUGAAUCAGUAUGUGAACAAAAAGUUCUCUAAUCAGUAUAAGGCUACUAUUGGUGCCGACUUUUUGACCAAGGAAGUCCUUGUAGAUGAUCGUCUUGUUACGAUGCAGAUCUGGGAUACAGCAGGCCAGGAACGUUUUCAAUCAUUGGGCGUUGCAUUCUAUCGGGGAGCUGAUUGUUGUGUUCUUGCAUAUGAUGUGAAUAACAGCAGAAGUUUCGAAUCAUUAGACCAAUGGCGCGAUGAGUUUUUGGUUCAGGCCUCUCCUAGAGACCCUGAUCGUUUCCCAUUUGUGCUCUUGGGUAACAAAAUUGAUGUCGAAGAGAGUAGAAGAAUGGUUUCCCAAAAGCGUGCUAUGGCUUGGUGUCAAUCCAAGGGCAAUGUUCCCUAUUUCGAGACUUCUGCUAAGGAAGCUAUUAAUGUAGAACAGGCUUUCCAAACUAUUGCAAAGAACGCCUUAUCUCAAGAAACUGAUGUUGACAUUGAUUUUCCCGAUACCAUCCAAAUACCUAGCGGAAGACAAGAACAAGAUCCUGGAUGUGCUUGUUAA